AUGGCAUUACUUCGACCUUCAUCUUUCAUAAUCUUAUUGGCAUAUGGUGCAUUAAUAGUUCUUGCCGCAUUGACGCCAUGUUGGUAUGUGAUGGUCACACAUAUCCAAAAACGCGCGAAUUCGCAUUCAAACAAUAUUGUGUCAAAUCUGCAAUCUGAAAUUGAGUACUCAGCCGAAUUGUUGCAACCAUUCAAGUCAUCAUCAACAAAUUUAGCUAGAUUAUUGAGUUCAACUGUUAAUUCUACUAAUAUCACUUUCUCUGAUAUUAAGACUAAGGUGGCUCCAUUAUUAUUUCAAGCAUUGAAGACAAUUCCUCACUUAACACAAAUUUCAUACAUAGGAACUCAAGGUCUUUCUUUCACAUACUAUAAUGAUGAUGAUCAAGUUCUAGCAAUGUACUCUAAUUCUUCUAUAGUUGAUGCAUCAAAUAAAACCAUAUACUAUAUUCAACCAGUAAAUCGUGACACCGGAGAGAUUUUCGGGGAGGCCUUAAUAUCGAACAAGACUAUCAAUAUCAAGUCGAGUUUGAUACCCGGUACAAAAGAUACUCGACACAAAUUUGCAUCGUUAGGAACGAAGUUGAACAAUGUUAGUGAACUUUUAUUCAUCAACUCGGCUAGAAUCAACAAAAUAGGCGCGAUAUCUCUUGGAUUUUCGGCGAAAACAAUAACUGAUUAUGUCACUCGGGUUGUCGAUCGUCAAGGGACGAUAUCGUAUUUGGCUACCAAAGAUGGAAAUGUGAUUGCAAAAGGGAAUCAAAAUAUUGGUUUGAAGAUUUUGAACGAUAGUGUUUUAUUACAAUCUUUGAAUGGUAAUGGAGAUAUAAUAAGAAAUGAAGGAGGUGUAUCUUGCAAGGAUCAAGUUUAUGAUUCUAGUUUGAAUAUUCAAGAUACUCAAUAUUUUGUUCAUUGCUAUCCUAUUGAUAUUAUCGGAGUAGAAUCGGUGUAUGUGAUAGUUGUUCCGAAAAAUGAAAUUUUCGACUUCGAUCCAAGGUAUAAAAAAAAAGGAUUGAUACUCUUGAUUGUUAUGAUGGUGCUGAUAUUUAUAGCUAUCUCGAGUUUCUUAUUUAUGAACAUUGGAGUAACAAGAAGAGAAAUGAAUUUAUGUGCAUCACUCAUAAAACAAAUGGAAGCAACAGAACAGGCCGAGAGAAAGAAUAUGAACAAGAGUCUUGCUUUCGCGAGUGCUAGCCAUGAUCUUCGCGCUUAUCUUGCAGCGCUAAUCGGUUUGAUUGAAAUGUCUUCUAAAUUAGUUCUUUCUAAUACAGACAGCGAUUUGAAUUUGAAACCGCGUUCUGAAUUGGAAACGAAUUUCAAGCAAAUGGAUAACUGCGCGCAAGAUUUGCUAGGACUAUUGAAUUCUAUACUCGACACGAGCAAAAUUGAAGCAGGAAAAAUGCAACUAGAGGAAGAGGAAUUUGAUUUGUCGUAUCUUGUUGAAGAUGUGGUUGAUUUGUACUAUCCGAUGGCGAUGAAGAAAGGCGUAGAGCUUGUGUUGGACUCUUGUAAUGGUUCGGUUAUAAGGUAUUCGCGCGUGAAAGGCGAUAGGAGGAAACUGAAGCAGGUUUUGUGUAACUUGCUUAGCAAUGCUGUUAAAUUUACCGAUGAAGGACACAUAACGGUUAGAGCGUGGGCGCAGAAAUCGACGUUGCAGAAGUCGAUAAUCAAGCGUAACCAAAAUAGUGUUAUUAAGCCUUUGUCUUGGAUGUUUUUUAAGAAAAACGAUAAAGAUGUUGAUGAUAUAGAAGCGGUGAGUUCGAUUCAACAAGACGCUUGUUUGAUGGAUUUCGUAUUUGAAGUGGAUGAUACGGGGAAAGGAAUUUCGAAAGAGAAUUAUAAGUCGGUGUUCGAGAAUUAUGUUCAAGUUAAAGAGAAUGCUGUUGGUCAAGUUGGGACUGGCUUAGGACUUGGAAUUGUGCAGUCACUGGUACGUUUGAUGCAUGGAGACAUUGAAAUUGUGGAGAAAGAAGUAGGCAAAAAAGGAACAUGCUUCAAGUUCAAUGUGCUUCUCUCAUUAUGUGAAAACGACGCGGUAACUUAUGGUUUAAGGGAAGGUUUUGAAUAUGGAUCGACCUCGGGCAACAGAAACCAAACCGAGCCUUCGCAUGUUAUUCUUUACCUUGCGGACGAAGAAAGAAGAAGAACUUCGCAGAUGUUCAUCGAGAGUUUAGGGAUCAAAGUUAAAGUUGUGAAGAAUAGGAAACAUCUCGUUGAUACUCUCAAGAAGAUAAAGAAACAAAAUGGUCAUCAAAUUAGUGAUCAAAGUUCUUCAGAGUCUUCGGAAUUAGGUUCUCGGUGUCCGUCUUAUAACUCUUCUUAUAGUAGAGGUUCGACGAAAAUUCCUUUGAGAGCUUUGGAUGGAGCUGAAUACGUAUCUUCAAUGUUCAAGAUGACGAAUAAUGGAGCUGCAACGAGUUUUGUUUUGAUUAUCAUCGAUGCAAAUGCGGGACCGUUUUCUAAGCUUUCUACUAUUGUGACAAACUUUAAAAAAGAUCUUGUCAAUCCUAGUAAAGUUAUUUGGUUGGAAAAGCCUUUUGAAAGUAGCGUCGAUUUCAAAACGAUUGAUCGAGAUGAUGUUGUGAUAUCUAAACCGUUUCAUGGAACUAGAUUGUUUCAAGUUAUAAAGUUUCUUCCCGAGUUUGGUGGGAAUUUGAAAAGCAAUUCUAGUAAUAAAGCUUUACGAGAAUUAAGAUCGCAAGUAUCUUCUCACGACGAAAGCGUGUAUCUAAACACGAAAUCUUGUAGGGAGACGAAAAGUUAUAUUGAUCAAAGUGAAAUACAAGAAUGUGGUGCAAACUCAGAUGAUUCUAAACCUUUAAGUGGGAAGAAAUUUUUGGUUAUUGAUGAUUCUCCCAUGUUGAGAAAGAUUGCUAUGGCUACUUUGAGUUCUCUUGGUGUUACUAGUAUUGAUCAAUGUGAGAAUGGUAAAGAGGCUUUGAAACAAGUUGAACAAGGUUUAAAAAGUGAUUUUCCUAAUCCUCCUUAUGAUUACAUCUUAAUGGAUUGUCAGUUUCUGUCUGAUACUCGUAUGACACGUGUAUUUUUUGAACAGAUGCCGGAGAUGGAUGGAUUUGAGGCAACAAGGAAGAUAAGAGAAAUGGAGAAAGAAUAUGGUGUGCACAUUUCUAUCAUUGCAUUAUCUGCUGAAAUUGAUAAAUUGACAACAGAGACUGGAAUGGAUUUUCACAUAACCAAGCCUAUUAAGAAAGAGCAUUUACUCAAAGCUAUUACAUACAUAGAAAAUAGUGAGAUAUAA